UGUGCGUGGAUGUGUGUGCGUGUGUGUGCGUAGACGUUGAACGUACGUGUGUGCGCGCGCGCGCGUGUGUGCAGUAAAACAUGGACGACAAGAUGACAUUGAGUGUGACGGCAGGUUUAGUCCUGCUCCUUGUUUUGGUUUUACCGCCACCACAGAGCUCUGUCUCGGCCCUUGGUCUUCAGCGUAAGAAAGAGGACCUUCUCUCUGAGAAAGUUCAACAGAUGAUGGAAUGGAAUACCAAAAAAGUUGUAUUACGUUUAAAUGGUGAUAAAUUCCGUCAAUAUGUCAAAACUGCACCAAGAAAUUAUUCCGUUAUUUUGAUGUUAACUGCUUUACAAGCUCAAAGACAGUGUACAGUUUGCAGGCAUGCAAAUGAAGAAUUUACCAUUCUUGCCAAUUCUUGGCGAUAUUCACAACAAUAUUCAAAUCGACUGUUUUUUGCAAUGGUUGAUUAUGAUGAAGGAUCUGACGUUUUUGCAAAUUUAAAAAUCAACACAGCUCCUGUCUUCAUGCAUUUUCCACCAAAAGGGAAGCCAAGGAAAGGAGAUACAAUGGAUAUACAUCGAGUUGGAUUUGCUGCAGAAUUAAUUGCAAGAUGGGUUGGUGAGAGAACGGAUAUUCAGAUUCGAGUAUUCCGUCCACCCAAUUACUCUGGAACCUUGGCUGUUGCAUUACUUUUCUCUCUGGUUGGUGGUCUGCUAUAUUUAAAAAGAAAUAACUUAGACUUUUUGUACAACAAAACAUCAUGGGGAUUUGGAGCUAUGAUCAUUAUAUUUGCAAUGACAUCAGGUCAGAUGUGGAAUCAUAUCCGAGGACCUCCAUUCAUGCAUAGAAAUCCACACACAGGCCAAAUGCAGUUCAUCGUUCCAUCAUUUGAACUGCAGUUUGUUGCAGAGUCCUAUAUUAUAUUUUUUAACUAUGCUGCUGUUGUGAUAGGUUUCAUUCUACUUAAUGAAGCUAAUAAUUUAAAAGGUGAUCCAGGCAAGAAAAAAAGUAAUUAUGGCAUUGGUAGGAGUAGGCUGUGUGGCCUUCUUUUUCAGUUUAUUGCUAUCCAUUUUCCGUUCCAAGUAUCAUGGUUAUCCUUAUAGUUUCCUGUUCAAGUAAGCAGAAGAAAACCUCCGAAACAGGGUUUGCUAGGUAUGCUAGUGUUGGCUACUUCUUUCAAAUCAGGCUGCUGUGAAAAGUGGGGGAAAAACAAAUCAAGCACGCAUUCUGUAUUUUUCUAAUGAAGCUUUUACAGGAUUUGCACAUUGAAAACAGUUUUUUUUUUUUCGUCUACAUUUUGUUGUCUCCUGUUUGAAUUCAUAAAAAAUAUCAUUUCCAAAAUAUAAAAAAAAAAUAAAAAUAAAAAAUAGUGGUCUAUUAAAAAAUUUAAUUGUAAAAAAGAAAACCAAAAAAAUUAAUAGCCACUAUCAUAUUUGUU